AUGGCACAAACCAGCAGCAACUCCUCCUUCGUCCUCAACAAACCCUACGAAGUGUCAUUCGAAGAACGCCCUAAACCCACAGUCCAAACCCCCCACGACGUCCUGAUCGCAGUAAACUACACUGGCAUCUGUGGCAGUGAUGUGCACUACUGGGCCGAAGGCGGUAUCGGGGAAUUUAUCCUCAAAAAACCCAUGGUCCUAGGCCACGAAUCCGCUGGCACAAUAAUCUCUGUUGGGGAAUCCGUAAAGUCCCUCAAAGUAGGCGACCGCGUAGCCAUGGAACCCGGUUACCCCUGCCGACACUGCACGCCGUGUCUGUCCGGCCAUUAUAAUCUGUGCCCGGAAAUGCACUUCGCUGCCACGCCGCCGUUUGACGGCACUCUGGCAGGGUUCUAUACCCUGCCAGAGGACUUCUGCUACAAGCUGCCAGAAAGCGUGUCGUUGCAAGAAGGCGCGCUGGUUGAGCCUCUCGCGGUCGCGGUGCAUAUCGUAAAGCAGGCCGAAGUCAAGCCUGGGCUGAGCGUGGUGGUUAUGGGUGCAGGGCCGGUGGGACUGCUGUGUUGUGCUGUUGCGAAAGCGUAUGGAGCGUCGAAGGUUGUGAGUGUUGAUAUUCAGCCGUCGAGACUUGAGUUUGCUGCUGGGUUUGCUGCCACGCAUACUUUUACACCAGCACGCGUGUCUGCGGAGGAAAAUGCUGCGCGCUUGCUGAAGGAAGUUGGGAUUGCGGAUGGUGCCGAUGUGGUGAUUGAUGCUUCGGGUGCGGAGCCAUCCAUUCAAACCUCGAUCCACGUCGUGCGGAGAGGAGGCGUGUAUGUGCAAGGCGGGAUGGGGAAACCUGAUAUUACGUUCCCGAUCAUGGCACUGUGCACAAAGGAGGUGACGGCUAAGGGUAGCUUCAGGUAUGGGAGUGGAGACUAUAAGCUUGCAGUUGAGCUUGUAGCGUCAGGGAAGGUGGAUGUAAAGAAGUUGAUCACGGGAACGGUCAAGUUUGAGGAUGCAGAGCAGGCGUUUAAAGAUGUAAAGGCUGGUAAGGGAAUUAAGUGUUUGAUUGCGGGGCCGAAUGAAAAGCUGUGA